AUGGAGGGUCGAGUUCAGCAUCCUUCCACCGAAAUCCUAAAAUCUCAACUGUUUGAGUGGAAACAGCAGCUCAUAAGUGAUGUUGAAUCGAGUCCUAGUAUAUCUCAGAAACAGCAGCAGAUUUCUCAGAGAGAAGAAGCCGUAAAAGAAAAGAUUAUCUUGUCGCAGGAGAAGCACAUCCAGAGACUGAACGAACUCGUGCAAAGUCUCCGGGAACAGUUGCAGCAGUGCAAGAGUAACAACGAGACAAUGAAUGGCGGUCUUAGUUCCUUGGCAGAGAACGUUAUUGAACUCGAACGGCAGCAAAUUCUCGAGGACUAGGUGGCAACACUGUAAACUCUGCCACCCUUAAUCAUAUAUGUUGUUGAUUGGUAUCCUUUUAUCAACUAAUUUUUUUUUCCUGUGUUGUAAACUGUAAAGUGAAUAAAGAAAGAUAACUUCCUCUAACCAGAAAAUGCAAACAUCAAGACAAGAUGAGUUGUACUGUCCAUGUUAAUAGGUAAGAACAACUUUGUCUGAAAACAUAUCUGAAAUGUCAACAAACAAACCAUUCUAGUA